AUGACAGGAACAGUCUAUUUCACCUGAGACAGGCACUGUUCAGUCAUACAAAAUGGCAGUAAUCGCUCACGGGCAAGUCAAAUUCAAAGACAUAUUGUUAAUAUAUUUCUACAUCAUGGUUAUUAUACAAUUUGUUCAUCUUUAUAUAUUGUAGUUUUUUUUUAAAUGACAAUAAGCUCCUGCUUCGUGUUAUUUGGUAUGAAACCCAUUGCCCAUACUUUUCUUAACAUUGCUAUUAUGAUUAGGCUGAUGCUACAUCAUUUGAGUCCCCUGGAAUUCCUUAAUAGCAUACCUGCUGACCAAAGCAACACAAUAGAAGGAGAUGAAUGAUUUAAAGACACCGUGAUGAGUUAUUCGUAGCCCCACUAAGGCCAGAGGGCUAUCCUACGAAGCACUAGAUCUCCUCAGGAUUGUCUGAAGCCAAUCAGCUAUACAUUAAUUCCAGCUCAGUUUGGUUAACUCAUCCGUACAACAAACGGUGGAUAUUGCUCGCCCGCCUGCGGCUAACUAACUCUAGCAGGCGUGUAACUACGCCUAACGAAAAGGCGGCUACAACUUCCACUCGGUUGAACUCGUUGCAUUUCACCCAGAGGAAGUCCGUCUUGUGUAGUGUAUAUCCACUAGGGGGAUAUUUCUGCAACAUCUUGCUAAAUUCGUUGUGGCCAAAGGAUUUUCUACAAUUUCAACAUUAGCAAAGCUAGCAGCACAGUCACAUUGGCUAGCUAGCAACAUGACAUCGUUAACAUUCUGACGGCAGUGGAAACGCAAUUCGAGCUAGAAUACCAAAACCAGCCCGGGUUGACUCCAGAGUACCAGGCUGUAGAUAUUGCUGUUUUUUCCCCCCUUGUCGGAUUCGAACAGAGGGGUCAGUGCUCUAAAAUGAGUCUCUCAGGGGAACUUGACACGGAAGCUAACAGGUUCUGCAGACAGUGCAUCACCAGAUACUGGGAGCAGCCUGCUCCUUCAGGACACUAUGGCUGUCCUCGGUGUAGAAAGAGGUUCAGGACACGUCCAGUUCUACUGCAACCGGCUAAACCCAACGAUGACGCGAGAGGCUCUGAAAACAUGGAUGUCAGCCUGCAGAGAGCUAUAGUAAACCAUAAAGCUGGUCUGAAAAGGAGGUAUGAAUGUGUGAUAGAAGGCCUGGUAAAAGCAGGGAGUCAAGCCCCCCUCAACAGGAUUUACACAGAGCUGUACAUCACAGAGGGAGAGAGUGAAGGGGUUAACGAUGAACAUGAGGUGUGGCAGCUAGAGACAGCAUGCAGGACGACAACCUCACAUGACACAGCAAUCCACUGCAAUGACAUCUUUAAACCCUUACCUGGCCAAGAGAGAAGCAUCAGAACUGUGCUGACCAAGGGCAUCGCUGGCAUCGGGAAAACAGUCUCUGUGCAGACGUUCAUCCUAGACUGGGCUGAAGGGAAGGCAAACCAAGAUGUAGAUAUCAUAUUUGUGCUUCCUUUCCGGGAGCUGAACUUGAUCAAAGAUCUCCAGUACAGUCUUCUGAGACUUCUCCAUGACUUCCACCCAGGACUAGACAUGGGCAAUGCAGAGAAACUCACUGCCUGUAAAGCUAUGUUCAUCUUUGAUGGUUUGGAUGAAAGCAGAAUUCCGUUGGAUUUUCAGUGCAACAAAAUGAUGUCUGAUGUCACACAGACAUCGUCUAUAGAUGUUCUGCUGACAAACCUCAUCAAGGGGAAUCUGCUUCCCUCUGCUCUCCUCUGGAUAACCUCACGACCAGCAGCAAGCGAUCAGAUCCCCCCUGAGUGUGUCGACCAGGUGACAGAGGUACGAGGGUUCAACGACCCACAGAAGGAGGAGUACUUCAGGAAGAGAUUCAGUGAUGAUGAGGACCUGGCCAACAGAAUCAUCUCACACAUAAAGACAUCAAGGAGCCUCCACGUCAUGUGUCACAUGCCAGUUUUCUGUUGGAUUUCUGCAAUAGUCCUUGAACACAUGUCGAGUACAGACGAGAGACGAGAGAUGCCCACGACCCUGACUGAGACGUUCACACACUUCGUGCUCCUUCACAGCAGCCUGAAGAACCAGAAGUAUCAUGGAAAAGAGGAAAUGGAUCAACAGGAGCUCAUGGACUCGGAUAAGGAAGUUCUUCUGAAGCUGGGGAAGCUGGCAUUUGAACAUCUGGGAAAAGGAAAUGUCAUGUUCUAUGAAGAAGACCUGAAUGAGUGUGGCAUUGAUGUCAGGGAAGCCUCAGUGUACUCAGGCGUGUGCACACAAAUCUUUAAAGAAGAGUCUGUGUUAUUCCAGAGAGUGGUGUACUGCUUUGUUCAUCUGAGCGUUCAGGAGUUUCUCUCUGCUGUCUACGUGUACCAUUGUUACACAACCAAGAACAUGGAUGACCUGAAGCCCUUCCUCCAGGCGACUAGAGCCACGUCUGAAGAGCUAACCUUACACGAGCUGCUGAAGAGGACCGCGAAUAAAGCCCUGGAGAGUAAGACUGGACAUCUGGACCUUGUGGUCCGCUUCCUUCAUGGCAUGUCACUGGAGUCCAAUCAGAAGCUCCUACGAGGUCUGGUGACACAGACAGGAAGCAGUCCAGAGAGCGUCAAGAAAACAAUCCGAUCCCUGAAGAUGAUGCAGAGUAGCGACAUGUCCCCCGAGAGGUGCAUCAAUCUCUUCCACUGUCUGAUGGAGAUGAAAACCCAUUCAGUUCAGCAGGAAAUCGACAAAUACUUGAGGUCAGAGAAAAGAUCCAAAAACCUGCCACCUACGUACUGCUCAGCGCUGGCCUACAUGCUGCAGAUAUCAGAGGAGGUUCUGGAGGUGUUUGACCUGAAGAAAUACAAGACCUCACAGGAGGGUCGUAGGAGACUGCUUCCAGCUGUGAGAGUCUGCAGAAAGGCUCUACUUGCUGGCUGUCAACUCAUAGAAGCAUCGUGUGAACUGUUGUUCUCAGCUCUCAGCUCAAACCCCUCAAACCUGAGAGAGCUGGACAUGAGUAACAAUGACCUGAAGGAUUCAGGAGUGAAGCUACUCUCUGCUGGACUGGGGAAUCCCCACUGUAAACUGGAGACUCUGAAGCUAUCAGGCUGUGGAGUUACAGAAGAAGGCUAUGCUGCCCUGGUCUCAGCUCUGAGGUCAAACCCCAACCACCUGAGAGAGCUGGACCUGAGUGACAAUCACCUAGGAGACUCAAUAGUGCAACAUGUCUCUCCUGGAUUAGAAGAUUCAAUCUGGAGGCUGGAGAUCCUAAGACUCCCUGGCUGUAAACUCACAGAAGCAUCUUGUGAAGUGUUGGCCUCAGCUCUCAGUUCCUCCUCACACCUGAGAGAGCUGGAUCUGAGUAACAAUGACCUGCUGGAUUCAGGAGUGAAGCUGCUCUCUGCUGGACUGGGGAAUUCACAGUGUCAACUGGAGAUUCUGAGACUCCCUGGCUGUAAACUCACAGAAGCAUCUUGUGAAGUGUUGGCCUCAGCUCUCAGUUCCUCUUCACACCUGAGAGAGCUGGAUCUGAGUAACAAUGACCUGCUGGAUUCAGGAGUGAAGCUGCUCUCUGCUGGACUGGGGAAUUCACAGUGUCAACUGGAGAUUCUGAGGUUGGCAUUCUGUGAAGUCACCGAGGAAGGCUGUGCUUCUCUGGCCUCAGCUCUGAAGUCAAACCCCUCACACCUGAGAGAGCUGGAUCUGAGUUACAAUCACCCAGGAGACUCAGGACUCAGACUGCUCUCUGCUGGACUGGAGGAUCCACACUGCAGACUGGAGAAACUCAAUGUGGAACAUGGCGGACAGUACACAAUAAAACACGAGCUUAGAAAAUAUGGCUGUGUGCUCACACUGGACCCGAACACAGCAAACAGAAACCUCUAUCUGUCUGAGGAGAACAGAAAGAUGACGUGGAGGACAGAGGAGCAGCCGUAUCCUGAUCACCCAGAGAGAUUUCAGGAUUUCGACCAGGUGCUGUGUAGAGAGGGUCUGUCUGGGCUCUGCUACUGGGAGGUAGAGUGGAGUGGGAGAGGGGCUCAUAUCGGCGUGACAUAUAGAGGGAUCAAUAGGUCAGGAAGGGGUGAUGACAGUGGGCUUGGACCUAGUGACAAAACCUGGUGUCUGGUCUGUUGUGAUGACCAUUACUCUGCCUGGAUCCAUAAUAAGCUCACUACCAUACCUUCCCCCUCCUCCCCCCCGUCCAACAGAGUAGCACUGUAUCUGGACUGGCCAGCCGGCACUAUGUCUUUCUACAAGGUCUGUUCUGAUACACUGACUCACCUGUACACAUUCCACACCACAUUUACCGAGCCCCUCUACCCAGGGCUUUUUGUUUGGUGUCACUCCUCAGUGUCCCUGUGUCAGGUGGUGGCCCCUGUGUCAAACACACAACGUGAUGUUUCACUCUAAUCAUGGUCCUGUUCAGUAGUAGGAGACGCCGUGUCGCGUCGUGUACCACACCACCCGGGCCUUAUUGCUUAAUUAUAAAACGGCUCCCUGGGAAAUGUGCAAUUUGACUGGUUUAAAUGGUGUGUCAAGCCAUUGAUAAGUCCCCUAUUCCCACACAUCACUUAGAUGUAGUAUCAUAAUAUAGAUAGUUAGUAUUGAUUCUAGAUGGUAAUAUUGGCCAUUCAAUCCUGUCUUGACCAUAUUACCACAAACCCCCAUGAGGUGCCUUUAGUAACUGGUUUUAUAAUAGUAAUAAUGUAAUUAGAGCAGUAAAAAUACAUGUUUUGACAUACCCGUGGUAUACGGUCUGAUAUAGCACGGCUGUCAGCCAAUCAGCAUUCAGGGCUCCCAACCACCCAGUUUAUUACCUUUUUUAUGAUAAAGUUCUGCUUCCGUGUGAACUAACUUACACAGAAUGGAAAUGACAUGUCACAGAUUUGACCUGUGUGAAAUGAAGACGAUGGAAUAAGAGUUUGAAUUGUUUUAAAUGGUAUUUCAAUAAAUACAAUAAAGUUUG